AUGGCUCCUGAAUCGAUAGUAGAUCAAAUCGUCAAAAGCCUGUCUUUUGAAGUAGAGGCAACGCAUCAAGAUGAAGAAGAUAUACAAGCGCCUAGUACAUCUAAUAUGACCCCUUUAAAUGUCAAAAUCAAAGUCAGGAAAAAACACGAAAGCAAAAUGGAACAAGGCGUACUAUCGGUGCGAAAGCUUGACAAUCCCGAUGGUGCCCCAGAACGAAUCCGUGGCUGUCUUGAUCCACCAUUCGGUGAAGAUAAGUACUCUUACAAACCUGUCAGCAAAGAUAAAAUAUUAAUAACAAAUAUAUCUAAAUGUGGAAUAGAAGAGGAAAAAUCUAAUAAAAUAGAAAAAUCAAAAUCAAAAUUUUCUAAAUCUAAUGCGAUUAAAAGCAUAGACGAAAAUUCUCUAUUAAAUCCUAAAAAUAACGGGCAAUUAAAAGACUCUUUAAGCAAUAAAUACUCUGACUUUAUAAUCACAUAUCCACCUGAAGUAUCCUCUAGUGUGAAUAUUAAUGAAAAGGUGUUAAGGACAAGAAUUCGUAGUGAGGAGAAACAAAUGAAGUCAUUCAGUGAAGGUUCUGGAUCUUUUUACAGCCCUGUAAAAGAUUAUUUUCGCGAAGAAUAUAAAGAACCUAAAAGUGUCAACGAAACUUCUUUAAAACAAGAUGCAAUUAUCGGUAUACCUAAUAACAAUAAAAUGAAAAUAAUGAUAGAAAAAACAGAAAUAGUACCCGACAAAUUGAAUAAUACUGAUGCACUACCACAUAUAUUCAAUUUAAAUAACAAACUUGUUUCAUCCAAUGAAAAUCCGAAAAGAACUUCAAAAGAAGAAACAAAUAACAAAGAUGAUAUUGUACAUAAUAAAAAAUAUAACAUAGAGUCUAACCAGAUGAAUGAAAACUAUAAUCAAAAUAACAUCACAAGUAUAUCAUUUAGUGAAUUAGAUAAUGAUAGUGUGAGAAAUUCAUUUGAUAAAAAUGCUCAUGACGAAAACAUAAAAUUUAAAUUUUCUACACCAGCAAAAAUAACUUUAUAUGAAAAUUCAUCCAAACGUCAUAAAUCAAUUGAAAAAUCUAAGAAACCCAACACUCCAUUUCUGCAAAUUCUUUCAGAUGAAAAUAAAGCUGUCAUUGAAGAUAGAAAAUAUUUGGAAGGUCAAUUGAGCAGUACAGAGUAUAAGGAGGUUAAACUUUUACCAAGCAAUGAUGAGGACAAAAAUAUAGCGUUGGCAUAUUUUUCACCCCGUGAAGUAGUAGAUGAUGAUGUGAUAACUUUAAAUGAAAAUAUGUCUAUAUUACAUAAAAAUUCUAUGGAAGACAUCGGUGACAGCACUUCAUUCACUGAUGGGAGCACGAAAUCAGUUGAAAAUGGCCAAAAUUCCAAAAAUAUGUCAAUAUUACUUAAAACUUCUAAGGAAGGCACCGACGAUAUCACUUCAUUAAACCAUGUGAACAUAAAAUCGGUUCAAAAUGAUUUUUACUGCCAAGAUUCCGUCAAAAAACCUCAAUCUUUUACUGUACGAUCAUCUUCGGAAGAGUCAUCUUUGAAAGACAAAGUAACACAUAAAGUCGUUGACCCAACACAUGAAUCAGAUGAAAGAGCAAACAAAAUAUCUGCUUCUGAUCAUAGGACAACCCAUGAUAACGCCACAAGUAAUAUAAAUAAUAUUCUUCUAGAAAGUAACAGACACGAUCUAAUAAAAAAAUCUUCUUUACAUUCUUCUUCAAACGAAACAAAACAAGAAGAUUUUUAUAUUUCUCCUUUAAAUGAAAGUGUAGAAGAAGGUACAUUUAAAUCAUUUAAAAAAGUAAUGGUUGAUACAAAUGGCAAAACCGAAUACAAUGGAAGAAAUAACUCUGAAAGAACAACAACUAUUAAUAAGUCAGUUUCUAAUGAAAAAAUUACUGACCUCCUUAUCUCUACAUCUUUAAAUGUCACUUCAAAAACAAAUGAAAUUAGUAGUCAAAAUAUAAAAGAAAACGAAACGAAACACAAAGCCACGCAAGAUCAACUUGUAUCUAAUAUAAUUAAAGAUGCUAAUCAAAGUUUUGAAAGCUUUAAGAAUACUUCAUUACAAUCAACCAUAGUAAAGAGCAGACUAUUAGACUCACAUACGUCAAAUAAAUCAACAGGUGGUGUUGAUUAUGACUCAAAUAAAACAUUUUAUGAAACUGUCAAUGGAAAUACAACUACACCAUUCAAAGAAACAACUAUAUCUAAUAGAAAAACCAACAUUAAAAACAAAACGGCUUCAGACGAUUCGGUUAAUAAUAAAAAAAUUAAGAACGAAUCUGAAAGAUCUAAAAAAAUUUAUCCACAUCCCCCUAUUACAAAUGACCAAUUUGAUAGCAAAUAUGUAAGUGAGAUUAAAGCUUCUAAUAAAAUAGCAAAAGAUGACAAUGACUGUAUGUCAUCCAGUGAAAUAAAAAGUCUAAAAAGAUAUGCAGACCCAUGGUAUAGUGUAGAAGUUUACGACAAAACAAAUAGUAAUGACAGUUUUAUAGCACCGUCAAAUAAAGAACAUCAUAUAUUUUCGGAAAAAAUAUCAAGUGAUGAAAUGAAACGUUUUGACAGUUACAGUGUUACCAUAAAUGAAAAUGCAAAUAUAUCAGUAAAAGAGUCUUUAGUUAACCCAAGUGGAAAUAGUAUCUCAAUAUACAAUGGCGAGAGUAAUAUCGAGAAAGAAAUUGCAAAGAACAAAUUUAUACAUGAUAAAAUAAAUACUACUGAAUCUCCCGCUUCACCAGUACUUUUAUCAAACAGUAUUUCUAAUGGCAAAAACGUUGAAGAAGACGGGACCAUAAAACGAUUUCUAAGUAAUAAUUCAUCAGAUGGAAUUUAUAGUGUACGUGAAUAUUGGGACACUUUAAAUGACGCAGUGACUAAAACAAUAUUGAAAGAACAAAAUGUAUCUAAACUAUUAUCUAAUGAAAUAGUUCAUGAGAAAGAUAGCUUCUUAGAAUCAGAUUCUUCAAAAGAUGUUCGUAAUCCAAUAAAUCUUUCAGAAAAUAGCAUAAUCUCAAAUAGAAAAGAUUUAAAUGAAUAUACUAUAAAUACUGAACCUCCCGCUUCACCAGUACUUUUAUCAAACAGAAUUUCUAAUGGUAAAAACAUUGAAGAAAACAGGACCAUAAAACGAUUACUAAGUAAUAAUUCAUCAGAUGAAAUUUAUACUGUACGUGAAUAUUUGGACACUUUAAAUGAUUCAGUGACUAAAAUAAUAUUGAAUGAACAAAAUGUAUCUAAACCAUUAUCUAAUGAAAUAGUUAAUGAAAAAGAUAGCUUCUUAGAAUUAGAUUAUUCAAAAGAUGUUCGUAAUUCAACAAUUCUGUCAGAAAAACGCACAAUCUCAGAUAGAAAAGUCUUAAAUGAAUAUGCUAUAAAUACUGAAUCUCCCGCUUCACCAGUACUUUUAUCAAACAGUAUUUUAAAUGGAAAAAACAUUGAAGAAGACAGGACCAUAAAACGAUUACUAAGUGAUAAUUCAUCGGAUGGAAUUUAUAGUGUACCUGAAAAUUUGGACACUUUAAAUGACACAGUGACUAAAACAAUGUUGAAAGAACAAAAUAUAUCUAAACCAUUAUCAAAUGGAAUAGUUGAUGAGAAAGAUAGCUUCUUAGAAUCAUUGACAUCAGAUUAUUCAAAAGAUCUUCGUAAUUCAAUAAUUCUCUCAAAAAAAAGCAUAAUAUCAGAUAGAAAAGACUUAAAUGUAUAUGCGAAUAAAAGUAUUAAAAACUAUGAAAACAUAAGAAGCCUCAAGAAAGAAAGUGAAAUAAAUCCUGAAACAAAAAGUUUACCUUCAAAAACAAGCACAGAUGAUGUUCUAUAUAAACAUGCGAUUCACUCUAAUAAUGAUAAUGGUUUAACUCAAUAUAAUGACAGUUUAGUUGUAAUGGAUGUAGAUGAAGUUUUUGAAAAUAUUCCACAUGAUAAGAAAACCUUACAGAAAGAAAAUUUAAGCAAAGAGGACAGUUUUAUUCGUCAAUAUCCGUCCAUAAAACAAGGUGAUCAAGAGGAAAAAGAAAUAAUCAAUCAAAAUAUUCAACAAGCAGACGAUAAUAUGCAAACAACAUUUUUAGAACAAAAUAAUGAACAGAAUGUAAGAAAUGAUUUUGUGAUAAAGAAUUCGCACCUUAAAACGCCAAAUGACAUAGAGAAACCAAAAAUUUCAUAUGUAAGCUCGGCUUUAAGGUCAUCAAAUAAUAACAAUAAAAGUUUAGCUAAAGACGUAGAUGACUUAACUCCAAGAAAAUUAACAGAAGAUCCUAUUAACGGUGAAAACUAUGGCAGGACAGAUAUCAAUAAAUAUCAACAUGAUUUUGUGACCUCACGUCAACUCAACACUGAAGCAAGUUAUUUAAAAAAUGUAACUCUUAGAUCUAAUGAUGUUUCCCUUGAGCAUAGCGAUGUAAUUACAUCACCUAAAUAUUUUAAACAGGAGAGAUCUGUGCGAACCGUUUCCAACACAAGUGAGGUGACAAAAUCCUUGAACGAUAUUUUUUCUAAUAAAUCUGGUUCAAAAUCAUCAACAAUUGUAUUUAACGAAAACUAUGAAGAGCAUGGAGUCGGAACUAAAACAGAAUAUAAUUCAUCAAUAUCAUUGCCUAAAACAUUCAUAGAAACUAUAACAACAUCGCCAGGUAAAGCUUCAAAUGUGUCUUUAAAAAGCUCACUUAAAAAUGAAGUAAUAUCUCUUGAUAUUGGAUUCCAAUCGUAUAAAAAUGAGAAAAGAGAAAGAAUCCUUAAAACUAUUGAUACAUCCAAAGAACCAUUACGAAGGACUGAUGAUACAGUUACGUUUAUAAGAGCUCAAAUCAGACCUCUUGGCAACGAUAUAAGAAUACCAGUUGAUUCAGACAAUGAAUUGUCUAUACAGAUACAAAGAAGUAAAAGUCCUUUGCGAGUUCAUAUACAAAAUAUCCCACAACUUGGCGAUAAAAUGAUGUCUUCGACAAUUUCGAAAGGAAACAAAUUUACUGGUAGAAAAAUGCAAGGCAUAUUAGAUUCAAUAUAUGAACACGAUUUGAUACCUUUACAAAAGGCAUUCAGAUAUUUGAAACAAGAUGUAGAUAUGUUGGCAGCUCAACAAUCGAAAUUUAAAGAUAAAACUAUUGGACCAAAAAGGUCGAAAUCCAUUCGUAUUGUUAAAGUGAAUCCCAAAUGUUGUUGUUGGAAUAAAUGCUAA